GCUGGCUCCCUGCUCAGGGUGUUCUCCCACCGGCUCAGGGUGCCUCCCAGCUGUUCAGGGUGUUCUCCCACCGGCUCAGGGUGUUCUCCCCUCCCCACUCAGGGUGUUCUCCCUGCUGCCCCCCUGCUCAGGGUGCUCCCUGCCGUGCUCUGCUGGUUCCGAGAGCUGCAGUCCCAGUGGAAGCAGCUACCACAGUCUGAAAUUAGGUCUCACCUCAUUCCACACACUUUGUUUUACCCUGUGUCGUUAAUCCAGACAUCAUCAAUCUGGGACAUGAGUGUCCCUUGUUUGAAGGCCGUUGGCAGAGGGAGCCUGGUGAGACACUGGUGACAAACAGUAAUUACCCAGUUUGGAUUACUGCACUAAUCCAGUGUAACAAUGCAAACACAUUGUAAUUCAUGAAAACCAAACAAACACCACUUACACGUGUACAUUGUAUUUACAGUGAAAGAAGAUUGUCUAAAAUAACCAGUAUUACCUUGGAAAUACAAGAAAAUAAACACAACCAACAUUCAGAAUAGAAAAGCAGGAAAACUUUAUUACUAAUUCCCAAGUGGAAGGAUGCAGGCCUUUUUAUUCCAUUAGGAAUAGCUUUAAAAUCAGCAAUUCCAGGUAAUAUUGACUCUGGAGUGGAAAAGAAACUGGCUCAGGAGAAGUCAAACCUACUCCAAUAAAAUGUUGGUGAUGUAUUUGUGUAUACAGCAGUAGUGAAACUGAAAGUAAAAGCAUCCUGUUUGAUAUUCAGAUUUGAAAGUUAGUUUUGAAAAGCUGGAACAGAAAAGGUCCACCAAUACCAUUUAAGUGAUGGGGAAAAGAGAAAAUGAGAGGUUUAAAAUGUUUUCUGUUUUUAAUAGAAGACUGAAAGGUGAUAAUUGUAUUUACAUUACUGAGAAGUACUUUACUCAAAUACAGGUUAUGAGACUUAAUGACGUAGAUUAAACUGGUGUGAGAUAAAGGCUGAAACAAAAGUGCAGGGGGUAGAUCUGACCACAAGCUCUGGGAAGGCCAGUGUGUUUUCACUGGGAUUUCCCUCAUGUAAUAACAUCUCGGAAUAACUCGGGUCCCUUGCUGGCUGAUAGAAUCUAAAAGCCAAAGUUCACAAAGAUUUUAAGUUCCUUUACUUAAAGGAUCAUUCCAGACUCUUACUACAAGUCAUCAUUAUUUAAGGAUAAAAGGUUUGUAAAGCCACACACUGAAAUCUUAUAGAAAAACUAAUGAAAGAGUUUAAACCUGACUUUCUGAGAGAUUUCACCAAUUCUGGCUUUCCUUACAGGCAGGAUUGGUUCAGCUCGUUGUGAAUCACAGCUUCAGACCAGGGGCACUGCUUAUCCGAUCUGAGUUUAUAUCUGAGAUACCAGAUAGAUGAUGUAACUCCCUUGUAUCCAGUGGGGUUCAGCUACAGAUAGUCUUUUUGGCCUGGAAGGUCUGAAUUUCCCCCAUGUACAUAGUGGCACCGUUCCAAGGACUAUGGGAUGGCUGGUGCUGAUACAGCCACCUCUGCAGCAGUCACCAGUGUUCAGUCUGAUAGGUCCUGCCUUAAACAGCCAUAUCAGAACCAUGACACUACCAGCAAUGCCAUCAUUUUUGGGGCCUCAAAACAGAUCCUUUGCAGUUUCCUGAUGACAGAAGAGGGAUUAUAUCAAAGAUGUAAACAAAGACAACACUACAUUCCAUUAGAGAGCAGAAGUGUCCUGUCCACAGAAGAGAAGCCAAGCAGUUGAUGAAUCGUUACCUCAAUUCCAGUGCCUGAAGGGGCUCCAAGAGAUCUGGACUUUAGACAAGGGCCUGGAGUGACAGGACAGAAGGGAAUGACUUUCCACUGCCAGAGCUCUCCCUCCCCUGAUGGCUCGUCGAUCCCAAAGCUCCUCACAGGGGGACAACCCCCUGGAUCCCAACUACCUUCCCCCCCACUACAAGGAGUACUACCGCCUGGCCCUGGAUGUGCUCACGGAGGAGGGCAAGGAGAGUUACCAGCGCUUCCUGGCCGAGGAGGCGGCCCCCGAUUUCCUCUGUGGCUCCGAGGUGGAGCACAUAAUCCAGAACCUCCAGAAGCCCCAGUACGCCAACCAGGAGGGCAGCACGGACACGGCAGGGGACAAUGACAUGGACGGAUCCUCCGGGACUUACUGGCCCAUGAACUCAGAUCUGGCCGUUCCUGAGCUUGACCUGGGCUGGCCGAUGGUCUUUGGCUUCAGGGGAACAGAGGUGACAACGCUGGUGCAGCCACCCCCGCCAGACAACCCCAGCAUCAAGGAGGAGGCUCGCAGGAUGAUUCGGGCGGCUCAGCAGGUGGUGGCCAUCGUGAUGGACGUUUUCACCGAUGUGGAUCUGCUGUUUGAGGUGCUGGACGCUGCUUCUCGGCGGGUGCCUGUCUACAUCCUGCUGGAUGAAAUGAACUCCCAGCUCUUCCUCGACACAGCUGCCAAGUGCAGAGUCAACCUGAAUUAUGUGGAGUUCCUGAGGGUGAGGACAGUGUCCGGCCCAACCUACUACUGCCGCACGGGGAUGUCCUUCAAGGGGCACCUGAAGGAGAAGUUCCUGCUGGUGGACUGCAUGGUGGUGCUGAGUGGCAACUACAGUUUCAUGUGGUCCUUUGAGAAGAUUCACAGGAGCAUUGCACACAUCUUCCAGGGUGAGCUGGUGGCCAGCUUUGAUGAAGAAUUCCGCAUUUUGUUUGCACAGUCGGAACCCCUCAUUCCUCCAGCCAACGUCUUGGCAAAGGCAGAGAACACUUUUGCCAUGGCUCCCUUUGGCAAUAACAUGCCUUUCUUCCCCAAAAAAGGCCCCCUGAUGUUCCAGAGGGAUGAGAGUCUCUUCCCCUCCUUCAUGGACAGGGUGGAUCCGGACAGGUACUUCCUGUCCAAUUUCCGGCGGGACGACAUGCUGCGGCACACUGUGGAGGGGUCGGCCAUGCGGAUGUACAAAAAGGUGGAAAUGGAGAAUUCCCAGAUGGAUCCGGUCAGGGGCUUCCUCCGUUCCAAGCAGCUGGAGCUGGAUGCUUUUAAAAGACACAGUUUUGCAGAAGGAACAUUUGAAAAUUUUGCUUCUGCCAAGCAGUACACCCGGCAGAUGUUCAUGAACAACAUGGACGAGUUCAAAAUCCAGUCCAGUCAUUUCCAGAAGGACCAGUUCUACCAGUACCAGUUUGAACAUCCCCAUCUUUCUGGCAGACCUCAGGGAUUCUUUGAGAGGAUUCGAGGGGGGAGGCCGGGAUUCAAUGAACUGGAAGACUAUGGAGAGGGACCCCGAUACCCUGAACUGGAGCCCAGUUUCCCACAGGAGGGUUUCCCCCUACGCCUGGAUUACGUGCCCUCAAAUUCUUCCAGGGAGGUGAGACACGGCUCUGACCAGCUGAACCCCGCGGGCAACGGCCCCAUGGGAAUGAUGUUACGGAGGCAGAACAUAGGACAGAAAUUCAUUUGCCAGACUUCUCCCACGCAGAAGCAGAGCCUGGAGCAGCGCCUGUUCCUACAGGACAAGGAUGAAGAGCAGGAUGACGACAAGAACAUGCAGGAAAACAGAACAGGGUUACGGAACUGGAGGAUUUCUUCGUACCUCAGCGCAUACCAGUCUGAACCAGAUGAAGGGCUCCCGAUGCCGAUGGAGUCUGAGGCGUAUAACGAUGCUCUUGGGGAUCCCCUCACAAAGCACCCCACUGACAUCGUCCCAGCCUUCAAACCCCCCACGCCUUUCAAUAGCAAGCCACUGGGAAUUGACAGUGCCAAGGAUUCUGCAGAUCCUGACAGAGCAGGUGAAGAAACCUCGAUAAUGAAACCAGAUGCCUUCAGGUCCAGGAUAAAUCCCUUGAUCCAGAGGAGCUCCAGGCUCAGGUCCUCUCUGAUUUUCAGUGCUGCCAAAUUAGAUCAGCCCAACACCACAAUAGAAAAGGUGCAGAUGAUCCAAAAAGAGCAAAUGUCCAGUGAGUUAACAAAGGACAAUGAAACCAUCAAGACGGCUGCCUCCUCCAAAGUGGCUGAGCUGCUGGAGAAGUACAAAGCUGUAGGCAAGGACAUGGAACGGGGCACGGUCACCCACACCAAAGCUGUUUCGGGUUACCUACAGGAGGAAUCUCAGAAUACAGAGAAGAAAUGUACCAAAUCUGUGCAGUAUAAGAUUCUGGAGAGCAGGGUGCUGGACUCCAAAGACUCCUGCAGUACUUACAAAAUGCAUGGAGAGUUGGACAGAGCAUUUGGAAUGGCCUCAUCUACCCCCCAGCUUGGGGACACGUUGAGUAAAGAUCCCCUGGCACAUCUUGGCACCAAGGUGGACAAGCUGUCAUCCCGGUUUUACCCCAUCGAGAACAAACCUCCUCUUCCAGAGAAGGAGAGCCUGAUAUUUGUAGGAGACACUCAGAAAUUGGCUCUUCCAGAGAAGAAGGACAGAGUGACCUUCAGAGAAGACUCUCCAAAAUUAGUCAACACAGAAAUGAAGAAACCACAGGUGAGGACAAGUACUACGUCCUCAGUUCUAGAAAGCCUGUCUAGAAGUCAAGGGUCUGACAGCUCUCUCAACAAAUCUGAGGAAGACUGUUCAAAACAAGAGCAAAAUCCCAUGGAGUUUCUAAGAAAAGGGUCACUACGGUUGAAGCAGCUUUUGAACCCAAAAGGUGAGAAGAAAUUGGAGGAGGAACCUGCUUCUGAGAGUGGGAAAUGUGACAAGCAGGCAGUAGUGCUUAAACGAUCAUCCAUAGGGGACUGCCAGGAAGCAAUGGAGGAAGAAAAACCCCACAAAUUCACAGCACCGCUCCCCCCCAAGAGCAGCCAGACAACGCAAGGGAGGUUCCCUUCCUCCACAGCCAACAUCCUCUACAGCAGCAACCUACGUGACGACACCAAGGUGAUCCUGGAGCAGAUCUCUGCCAACAGCCAGAAGAACAGAGCUGAACUGGCUAAGCAGCUGCCAUCCACCAGCAACCCUGACCUCUCCAGGUCAACCACAAGCUUGGAAAGAAAAGGGGAAAAGGAGAAAAGCUGCAACAUCCACAGGUCUGAGAGCUUUGGGAGCCAGAAGCGGAACCUGCAGCGGCAGCCGUCAGAGGACAGAGACACCCUCCUGAAGAAGAUGGAGAACAUGCGGAAGGAGAAGCGAGUCUACAGCAGGUUUGAGGUGUUCUGCAAGAAGGACGAGCACACGAGUCCCAGUGAAGAAGAAUAUGACACAGAUGCCAAAGACAAGAAAAUGGGAAAAUUCAUGCCCAAAAUCCUGGGGACCUUCAAGACCAAAAAAUGAUCCUAGAAAUCCUAUUUAAUUCCAUUUAAUCACUGACUGUCACAGGGAAACGAGGAAGAAACUUAUCUAUGAUGGCAAUGCUCUUCUUGAUUAAUGAGCAGAAAUGUAUCCAGCAUGAGCCUCCCAUGGCACAGUUUGCUCAAUAAAGUCAGGUGGUAUCAAACAACCUUAUCACAGUAUGUUCCAAAUAAAACAAUUAAAAUGCCAAUGUGCUUAAAAAACAAGUCUCUAUUACUGUACAAAACUAAGAGUCUCUGUUAAACCCAGGGAAUAUUUUCAGCAGACAAAACCAUUCAAAUUUCAGAAAAAAAAUGAAAAUCAGAAAAUUCAUUACUUGAGUUUGGGCCAGAAAAGAUAAAUACAUACUGACACACACACAGACGUAGUAACUGGAAAAAGUAUUUAAAGCUCAGUGGUUUCUCAGGUGCAGUUAUAUUUUUUCUGUAUCUCACAAUGAAUCAGACAGAGGAGGCACCUUUUUGAAGGUUUACAUACAAAAAAAAAACAAAAACAAAAACAAACAAACAAAAAAAAAAAAAAAAAAACCAAAAAAAAAAAAAAAAAAAAAAAAAACCACACAACCAAAACUUGUAAUCAACAUUUUGGCCCAAACUGUAGUUCUGACCUUCUCCAGCAGCACAGGCCCAGCUUUUGUAUUUACCAGUUCCUGAGCCUUCAGGGUCUCGUUUGUUCCCUUGUGUAAAGGGAAUUACCUGCUUUAGGGGCUGAGCUCAAAGAAGCUGCUGAGGUGCUAUUGAUGGAGAAGGAAUUGGCUUUAGGAGGCCUUUUCAGGUGAGUCUGAGUUUAAAAAAAACAUCUAAAGUCCUGCCUUGGCCAAGCAGUGACUUCCUUGAGAGUGUAACUGCAGUUCAUGAGGCGACAGGUCUGGAACAGCUGAGAGAGCUGGGGGGAAUAACAAUCAUUCAUCACAGGUAGAGUAAAACCUCAGGGGCAGAGACAAGAGCUUCAAGUUAAUAAGGAAAACGUAUCCAAAAUCAUCACUGAAACAGGAAGAUAAAGUUUCCUGUAGUCCCACUGUAGACUGGCAACACCUUUACGAUGUCUCAGCAAUAGUAUUUCAUGAAACUUUGCUUUCUGAAAGCAAA